ACCAACAACAAUCAGUAUGGCGGCGUUCAUUCGGUAAGCACCCGCGUUCUUUACCGAAGUUAUGACACCGAUUAAUCGCUAAACUGCAUACCCUGAAAGAUACAAAAUGGAUGAAAGACAUUGGUGGAUUGCUGGUAAAAUCCAGGAAACCUUCAGAAUUGGAGGAUAUGACAAUCCAACAUUGCUCGAGGAUUUUAUGACCGAAGAGACCACAUUGAAUAAAAUCAACCGUUUUUUGAAAGCAGGUGGUCCAUGCAGGUUGUUUUUUACCUGCGCAAAAGCCGAAACUGGCGCCUUGUCUACCAGAGAACUCAAUGUUACGGGAACGCUAGCCGCACUGAAAGAUGUAGAUUUAGAUAAAGUCAAUAUUUUGUAUUUCUUGAGAAAUAGAGUAGAUAAAGAUGUUGAUACGGUACGGUAUGAGAGAGAUAUUUUCUGUGGCGAGCUCAAGCACAAUACGAUUGAGACGCUGGUCACCCUUCUUUCUGACGUGUAUAACCCCCUGAUUAAGGCCCAGAAGGAAUGGGGGGAGUGUAAUAUGGAGGGGCAGACCAACCUGAGUCACAGCAUGGACAAGUUUCUGACGGCCCUGAAUGAGUCCACGGCUUCCAUGCAUCACUCAAAGCAGCUGAUGCUGAAACAGCCAGAAAACAUUGUCCUGAAUGACUUCAAGCAGCACCGGGCGGCCGCCCUGGAUGUACAGCUGAUUGGUCAGUACGAAGAGCUGGUAACAGACUGGAUAAACACUAUAGAGACAAUGCUGAACGACACGUCAGACGAAAGGUUUAUGGAUCCAAAUGCUGGGCCACUCUCGGAGUUGGAAAGAUGGCGGCGGCGUCAACGGUUACUGACCAGCAUUACAGAACAGCUCAAAAGUAAAGAAUGCAAAGCUGUGAUUGGUGUCUUGAUAACUGCCAAAUCCAGGCUGCUGAAGAAAUGGAAAAAUGUGGAUGCUCAGAUCACUGAUGCGAUGAAUGACACCAAAGACAAGGUCAAAUACCUGGAAUCUCUGAGACGCCAUUUCGACCAGCUAUACCAGGAUGCAACACCGGCCUCCAUCAUCAACAACGCCAUCCCUGGCAUCGUCAACAGCGUGCGCCAGAUGGAUUCCAUCUCCCGGUAUUACGCCAGGACCGGUUUUCUGGGUAUCGUUUUUACCAAGAUCACCAAUCAGCUGGUGCUGGCUUGUAAGGAGUACAUUAAGAACUGUACCAUCACGGCCUACGAUGGGGACGAACUGUGGGUCAGGAUCAAGGAGGAGAUCAGAAACAGGGACUCACUGCCCCUCGUGGACCCCCAGCAGAGGCUGCUCAGGAACCAAGUAGAGGCUAAAAUUAAGCAACAAGGGGCCCUGACGAGAGGAAAAACAAAGGAAGGUAAAGAUCUGGGGUUACAGGACGACAGUUUGUACGGGAGACUGAAGGCGUGUCUGACCCUGCAGGGCUACUACAGGGAGACCCUGAGGUCACUUAGAGACUCCCUGGGACAGACCAACAACAUGUCCCACUUCCCCUCCCUCAGCAGUGUGGGGGGACCAGGCAGCUUCACCACCAGAUCCAAACCAAGCAAUGCCUCCAGAUCGGGCCCGUCCGUGUCUCCUAAGAAGGGGAUAUCAUCGCUGAUGACUAAUGACGCUGGUCACGGCGUGUCGAUCGCUGACGAGGACGCCAUCAUGUCACACAUGGACAGUUUCUGUAACAGGAUCAGACAGCUGAUUGACGUCAUCAACACCCUCGCUCAGUAUAAUAAGUUGUCCACAAGCACCAUUGGUGUCCCUAAACCCAGGAAGGAGGACCUUGUGAUUGACGACGAGGACAGUGAUGAAUACAAGUACAGGAAGUACCGCGAGAACAAGGCCAACAAAUUGGAAUAUGAUGAUGACGACGAUGGCAACCAAGGACUGCCGGGGACGAUCGCGAUUCCGUCGCCUGAGAGGAGCGGACUGAGGGCGAUCAAAGAGGACGAGGAGAACCAGGAGGACAACAUUUCCGAGAUCGAGGAGCUGGAGAAAACGCCCGCCCCCCCCGACAACGGCGACGACGUGUUCGAGUCCGUCAACAACAACAAGGGGCUCAACGAAAACGAACUGGGAGUGCUGAGGCGAUACUUCCCAGAGGAUGAAGAAGAAGAAGGGCCCAGUAUAUCCGCCAUUAUCUCCCAACACCUCCAGCAGAUGACACAGGCCAUGAGUGACAAUGUCACUACUAAAACCAUGCUGGAUGUGGAGUCCAAG